AGUCGUAUAUAUAAAGGAGUCGAAUUUUGCUGCGUUCAAAGCACGCACGCCUCCACACAUAUCUCUUCAUCUCUCUCUCAUCCUUUCGCGUUCUCGAAAAACCCUUCGUGAAAGGAAAGCUACCAUGGUUGAUCAGGUUCAGCACCCUACAAUCAUGGAGAAGGUCACUGGUCAGCUCCACCGCCGAUCUAGUCCUUCAUCUGGUUUUACUAGUUAUGAUGGAACCUUCCGCCAUCCUGCCAUGUACCAAAAAUACUCCUAUGGGAAUUACUCAAAUGCAGCAUUGCAGAGUCCAAUGGCCUCCACAUGCAGAGCUACUGUUGAUUUAUCUGCUGUUGCCACAACAGCUUCUCCUCUCUUUGUCGCAGCCCCAGCAGAAAAAAGCCAUUUUCUUAUUGAUUUUCUCAUGGGUGGUGUUUCAGCUGCAGUUUCCAAAACUGCUGCUGCUCCUAUUGAACGUGUUAAACUUUUGAUCCAAAACCAGGAUGAGAUGAUCAAAACUGGCAGGCUUUCUGAGCCCUACAAGGGCAUUGGUGAUUGUUUUAAGAGAACAAUGGCCGAUGAGGGUGUGGUUGCUCUUUGGAGAGGAAACACUGCCAAUGUUAUCAGAUAUUUCCCCACUCAGGCUUUGAACUUUGCAUUCAAAGACUACUUCAAGAGGCUUUUCAACUUCAAGAAGGACAGGGAUGGUUACUGGAAAUGGUUUGCUGGCAACUUGGCUUCUGGAGGUGCUGCUGGUGCCUCGUCCCUUCUAUUUGUUUACUCUCUUGAUUAUGCUCGUACUCGUCUUGCCAAUGAUGCUAAGGCAGCUAAGAAGGGUGGAGAAAGACAAUUCAACGGUCUUGUUGAUGUCUACAAGAAGACUCUUGCAUCUGACGGAGUUGCUGGGCUUUACCGUGGUUUCAACAUUUCCUGUGUUGGAAUUAUUGUGUACCGUGGUCUCUACUUUGGAAUGUAUGAUUCCCUCAAACCAGUUCUUCUGACUGGAAAAUUGCAGGAUAGCUUUUUCGCCAGCUUUGGGCUUGGAUGGCUCAUCACCAAUGGUGCUGGUCUAGCAUCAUACCCAAUUGACACGGUUAGGAGAAGAAUGAUGAUGACAUCUGGAGAAGCUGUCAAGUACAAGAGCUCUUUGGAUGCAUUCAAACAAAUCCUCAAGAACGAGGGUGCUAAGUCAUUGUUCAAGGGAGCUGGUGCUAACAUCCUCCGUGCUGUUGCUGGUGCCGGUGUGCUCGCAGGUUACGACAAGUUGCAGGUUAUUGUGUUCGGCAAGAAAUAUGGAUCUGGUGGUGCUUAAUUUUGUUAGUGUCUUAAGUCAUUAUUAUUGUUUUUAGAUGGCGAUGAAAAUCAUUUAAGUUCCGAGAGUUAGACUAAUUGCUGCAGCAAGUUUUGUUUAAUAAGUUUACUCGGUGGGAUUUUAUCCCUAACUUUUAAAUUUUUGGUUGGAAAUUUGAAAUUAAGAGCAUGAUUUAUUGGAGUGGCAGGAUAAGCAUCUGUCACUUGAAUCUCUUCUUUUUAAGAUUUAAAAUAUAUCAUAUACUGUUGUCUUAUUUCAAGAAUAAAAUGCCUGAGUUUUAUUUAA